AUUGGAAGACGCUAUUUUAGUAAGACCGUAUACAGCCAUUUGGACUAGGAUCAAUUAUAGAAUAAGUUGUGUAGUGAUCAAGUCUAUUUUCAUUUGAAGGAUGAGGUGGAUCUCAGUUGUAUUACUGGCUGCAGGUGUCAUUGCAUUGCAAGCACGACGCAUUCCAUCACGUGAUCAAGAUGAACGAGCAAUUGGAGGAAUAGAAGAAUAUGCUUUAGUGCACGGAGAAAAUAUUCCAGGAAUGGGCAGAGGUGUGUCUGUAUUUGAUGAAGAUGAAUAUAUUCAUGCAAUGGGUUUGACGCGAGAGGCGAUAUCAGACAUAAACCCCUUGGAUCCCCCACUACUCGUUUUGUUCACAAGCGCCACUGAGCAUACCAAAUAUAAGUUCAAAGAUGCAGUAAAAAUGUUGAAGAAUCCCAAAUUCGAUAACCAGAAGAAAACUGUUAUUUAUAUUCAUGGAUUUUUGGAAGGACUUUUUGCUGAAAGUGUUAAAACAGUUGUGAAUAGUUACGCAGCUCGAAAGGAUCAUAACAUUGUUAUUUUGGAUUGGCAUGCACAGGCCGCACCGGAAUACUUCUUACAUGCAGUGAAAAAUGUUUUUAAGGUUGGAGCUGACCUCGGGGCUGUAGUAGUCGAUAUGAUCAACAGCGGUCUUAGCCUUCAGCGCUUGCACAUUGUAGGUCAUUCUUUAGGUGGUCAAAUGGCAGGAGUUUUAGGUCGUACGGUUCAGAAGGUGUCUAGUGGAGCAAUUUUACUUCCCCGUAUCUCAGCAUUGGAUCCUGCUUUUCCCGGAUUCUAUGGUUUCCCCGGUGCCGAACAUUUAACUGCAAAUGAUGCUGAGUAUGUUGACGUUCUGCAUACGGACGCCGGAAUUUAUGGCGCACCUGUAGAUACUGGUACUGUUGACUUUUGGCCAAAUGGCGGGCUCGAUCCUCAACCCGGAUGCCUCAUUAAUGUGUGCAGUCAUCAAAGAUCUUGGUGGUAUUGGAUCGAAAGUCUAGAAGAGAACGCACCAAAUUAUUUCAACUCAGUUGUCGCAAAGAGUUGGAAGGACUUUAAACUAGGACAAGUCGGACAAUUUGAUCCGGAUAUUGUUAUGGGCUACAGUGUCCCUGAUGGCUUAAGUGGUAGCUAUUACCUGCAAACAAAUAAACGGUUGCCAUUUGCCCGAGGAGCAGCGGGAGUUGUAUAUGAAUAAUGGAAAUCACGAGAUGUUGGAAUUUUGUAAAUUGAAGUAGUUUUAAUGUAUAUGUCAAAAUAAUAAAGUUUUAUUUAUAGCAGCAUA